UAUCAAGAAAUUUUGGAGUCAAGGUAGCAAUGUCUUUGAGAUCGAGGGCCAUUUUCCUCUUUUUGUGUUUAGGGUUAUUGCUAUUAGGACAAAUGCCCCUGAUGUACGAAGAAAGUUACCACCACCAAAUAAACAAGUGACUUUCCCUAAAGCAAGGAGAACGUUUAUUAAAAGUGAACACCUAACGGUCCGAAAAGAAAAGAAGAGUGUGAAAUGA